CCUCGGGCCCGGAAGCCGGAACUGCUCGCUUGUGGGUCUUUGGUCUGAAGACCAUGAGCGCGGCGGGUGGCGUUCGUCGCCGCGCGCGACUGUCGCGCCUCGUGUCCUUCAGCGCGAGCCACCGGCUGCACAGCCCAUCUCUGAGCCAUGAAGAGAACUUGAAAGUGUUUGGGAAAUGCAACAAUCCGAAUGGCCAUGGGCACAACUAUAAAGUUGUGGUGACAGUACAUGGAGAGAUCGAUCCUGUUACGGGAAUGGUUAUGAAUUUGACCGACCUCAAAGAAUAUAUGGAGGAGGCCAUCAUGAAGCCUCUUGAUCACAAGAACCUGGAUCUGGAUGUGCCAUACUUUGCAGAUGUUGUAAGCACGACAGAAAAUGUAGCUGUUUAUAUCUGGGAAAACCUCCAGAAACUUCUUCCAGUGGGAGCUCUUUAUAAAGUAAAAGUGUAUGAAACUGAUAACAACAUUGUAGUCUAUAAAGGAGAAUAGAUCUGAGGGUUGACACUGUAGACAGGCUCAUUUCUCUUCACACUUGAAACAGUUUGUCCUUUUAGAGUACACAGCAAUCAUUACAUACUUGUGUCUCCAUGUUGUGUUCUGGAGUACCUGAGCAUUAAAGUAAUGUAAGGUCUGUAUUUAAAUAUAUUUAAGAAUCAAACUUGCAGUGUGUCCUGAAUGUGGUUUUGGUGAGAAAGUAGAGGAAAAGGAUUGAACUGAGGAUUGAAGCCGGAGCCUCACACAUGUGAAGCAUACACUCUACUCCUGAAGUGCAUUCCAGUCCUCUCAAGGUUAUUUAGAGGAUCUUUUAUAUAAACAUUAAAAAUUAUUUCAUCUUGGACUGGUGAGAUGGCUCAGCAGUUAAGAACACUGGAUGCUCUUCCAGAGGUCCUGAGUUCAAUUCCCAGCAACCACAUGAUGGCUCAACCAUCUAUAAAGGGAUCUGAUGUCCUCUUCUGGCAUGUAGGUAUGCAUGCAGAGAAAGCAUUCCUACAUUUAAAAAAGUACAUAAAUACAUUUUAAAAAUAAUUUCAUUUGAGCAAAAUGUUUUGAUGUGGAACUAUGUAAAGGUAAAAUAAACCCAUUUUUAUUAUCUA